UACAUUACGUUUAAAUAUAUAAACGUAAAGCUUAUUAAAUAUAGGCCUAUAUUUUUGUCAUCACUGUCAACAGCGAUCAGAUAAUAGUGUAACAGUUAUAUUAAAGACAGGAAGUCCAGAGAUUAUAUUAAUGCAACAGCCUAUUAAUAUCUCUAAUUAUGCUUUGAUUCAAAAUGUAUUCUUUCCUGUUUAAUUGUGGCUUCCUCUGGAGAGCAUGACGCAACUCCUUGUGCGCUUGCUGUGAGUAAAGUGUGCACCGGAGACGACCUGUUGCAACAGUAGACGUUGCUAAGAAAACGGAAGUACAGUAAGACAUUCAACUUCCACCUGGCUAUGGUUGAAUUAAUAGGACAUUUGAGCAUUGUCCUCAUUUCCUGAAAAUCUUAGCUAACCUACAUUAAAUGCUCAUGAGGAGACUUCACUUGGUAGGGGUGUAGUUAAUCCUGUCUAUUUGACAAGGUCGAGCUCAUCGCGUGCCCAUGUGGUGCUAAGUGCUGACAGCCGGUAGUACAAUAAAUGUUUUCAUAGUUGCUCUAUGUAAGGGAACACACAAAUAUUAAGAUCCACACGAGUGAGAAACCGCAAGACACUGAGGAGACUACUACAGCAUCUUUUCAAUCAUUAUGGCUCCACAUCCCCUAAUCCAGCCAAUUAUAGACUUCUCAGCUGGAGCAAUAGGUGGUACAGCUUGUGUGCUGAGCGGUCAGCCGUUUGACACCACAAAGGUGAAGAUGCAGACGUUCCCCACCAUGUACCGCGGCUUCAUCCACUGCUUCACGUCGACCUUCAGGCAGGUGGGACUACGUGGUCUCUACAAAGGCACAACCCCAGCCCUUAUAGCCAACAUCAGUGAGAAUGCUGUGCUCUUUGUGAGUUAUGGUCGCUGCCAGGAUGUGAUCCGCUUUGUGUCCAACACGGAUAAGGGGGCCGAUCUCAGUGAUCUUCAGAAGGCAUCCGCAGGGUCUUUAGCCUCCAUCUUCUCCGCCAUGGCAAUAUGCCCCACCGAGCUGGUGAAAUGUCGCCUGCAGGCAAUGCACGAAAUGGAAGCAUCUGGCCAGAUCACAAGAGGACAGAGAAGCACAGUGUGGACAGUAGUGAAGACAGUGUUGAAGACAAACGGUCCCCUGGGUUUCUACCAAGGACUGACAUCCACCAUUGGGAGGGAGAUACCAGGUUACUUCUGCUUUUUUGGGGCCUAUGAACUGUGUCGGUCCAAAUUUGCACAGUACAUGGGCACUGACAAGGACAGUAUAGGUAUUCUUCCACUCAUGUUCAGUGGUGGAUUUGGGGGAGCUUGUCUUUGGUUGGUGGUUUAUCCCAUAGACUGUGUGAAGUCCAGGAUCCAGGUAUACUCUUUAACUGGGAAGCAGAAGGGCUUCAUGAAGACCUUCAUCAGUAUCAUGCGCACUGAGGGGUUCACUGCUCUGUACUCUGGCCUGACUCCUACCAUGAUACGCACCUUCCCUGCCAACGGAGCACUCUUUCUUGCUUACGAGUUCAGUCGCAAGUUCAUGAUGGAGAAAGUUGGUGCCUGAGGUGGAGGAUCUUCUGGUGAAGCACUACCAUGUCCCCUUUAUUUUUUUUAUUGUGUCUUAUUGUUAGCUUGAAAAAAGACCAAAUAUUUUGUAAAUAUUGCUUGGUAUGCCUAUAUUUGAAUAUACUGUGAACAAAAUAAACACUGUGUCUAUACUGUGCUGACCACAUUUUAAUCUUAACAUCCAUAUGUCUUAAUUUAAUACUUUGUGAAAUAGAGUACAGAAUAGUAAAGAAUAUGAACAGCUUUCUUCCCAGAAUGAAUGCUCAUCAUUUUUAACCUUAGGUUAAGUUGGAGAAAUUAUAAAUUCAAUAUAAAAGAUAGCUGAAAAUUGGACUAAACAAAGCUGCAAAAAAAAGAAAAAGAGUAAAAGUCAGAUUUUAAAAAAACGUGUAGGACAAAUGGUUUCGCUUUGACUGAUCUGUAACAAUGACUUCUUAAUGUUUCUCUUUUUUGUUGUGUGUCACAGUGACAGUAAGAGAAGUAGGAUUAAGCAACUGCUAGGAAUUAUGAGUAAUCCAGCAUGAUGGAAAAUUAAACAGAUGUGGUCAUCCCCCCAAAAUAAAAAGGCUCACACAUAUCGAUUUUCGUUGUGCUUUUGAUUUUUUUUACUUCCAUUAAAAAAAAAAACAACAACUAACAAAAUGAUCCUGGUUGCAUUUCAAACUCAUCAACUCAUCAAGGACAAAGGGAGCCUGUUGUGUUGUGUGUAGUGUUACUGUAACAACAGGAUUCACAUGUACUUUUGUACUAUAAGCAGUGAGCUGGCUGUAUCAUGUGACAGUCCAUUAAAGGAACUUCAUCCAAAAAUUAUCGUAACAAGCAGCUCACAUGCUGGUUCUUAUGAUACACAUACACUGUGUACUGUGCUGCUUCACAUCAAAGAAAUUCCUUUUUUUGAUGUUGUAGUCAGGCUGUUUAACAUACUGUAAUUAUGUAACACUCUGUUAUACAACACUUUGCAAUAAAUAUAAAAUUGAUGAUGUA